AUGGUCAAGAGAUAUUCUAUUUCUCCUAGCUGCGUUAAGGGCUCUAUAAACCGCUCCAGCAAGCGGCAUACCAAAGCCCCUACCUAUGCGACAAAGAAAGAACUUGAAGAGGCGAUCCAAGAGGUCCGCAAUCUAUUAGGCGAAGAUGCAAUCAGCACGGAUGAUGAGGACCUUCAUGCACACGGAUACUCAGAGUGGUCCUCUAUCAACAUUCACCAAUUGCCUGUAGCAGUCGCCUACCCAAAGAACACCGAGGAGGUGUCUCAAAUCGUCAAGAUUGCAUCCAGGUUCAAAGUACCAAUGAUCCCCUUCUCAGGCGGAUCUUCUCUAGAAGCCAACUUCGCGGCCCCCUAUGGAGGCUUCAGCAUUGAUUUAGCGUUCAUGGAUACGAUCAUUGCGCUCCACGACGAAGACAUGGAUGUUGUCGUGCAACCGUCAAUACAGUGGAUGGAAUUGAACGAGAGACUAGCACCAACUGGACUUUGGUUUCCUGUGGACCCCGGUCCAUCGGCUAAGAUUGGAGGCAUGAUCGGAACAUCCUGUAGCGGGACGAAUGCGUUCCGUUAUGGUACCAUGAGAGAUUGGGUUCUUAAUCUUACCGUGGUUCUCCCAGAUGGCCGUAUCAUCAAGACGAGACAAAGACCAAGGAAAUCUUCGGCGGGGUAG